ACAAAGGUGAACACUAGCCUCUCUCACGGAGCUUACGUUCUAAUGGAAUAGAUGGAAAGCAAACAACUAAACCAAUGAAAAUAUAAUUUCAGAUAGAGUUAAAUCCUAUGAAGAAAAACAGAGUAGGAUAGAGGGGUGGAGAGUGUGGGAUGGUGGAGCCAGGGUAUUUUAGGAUGACCAGAGAAGUCCCCUCUAAAAAGGUGAACUGGAACAGAGGCCUGAAUUAAGUGAGGGGGAGCUAUGUGAAGAUGUGGGAGAAGAGUGAUCCAGGCCAGGAGGUUCCACGAGGACAAAGAGACAAUGGCUUUCCUUAUGAAAAGUAUGAUAAGUAACCAGGUAAAAAAUUUAGGACUUGGUGGUAGGUCUGAAGAAAAAAAAGAAGGAGGAGGUACCUCUGAUCCUGCAGCAGCCCAAGGGAUGACUAGAGAGGAAUAUGAGGAAUAUCAAAAGCAAAUGAUUGAGGAGAAGAUGGAAAGAGAUGCCGCAUUUACACACAAAAAGGCAGAGAGGGCGUGCCUCAGAGUUCAUCUCAGAGAAAAGUACAGGCUCCCAAAGAGUGAAAUGGAUGAGAACCAAAUCCAGAUGGCUGGAGAUGAUGUGGAUUUGCCCGAAGAUCUCCAGAAAAUGGUAUAUGAAGAUCAAGAAGAGGAAGAAGAUAAGGAUUCUAUUCUUGGGCAGUUACAGAAUCUCCAGAACAUGGACUUGGAUACCAUAAAAGAAAAAGCCCAGGCCACCUUCACUGAAAUCAAGCAGACAGCAGAGCAGAAGUGUUCUGUGAUGUGAGGAGCGGGUAGGGGUGGCGGGAGGGACCAGGCCAUCUGCAGAAAAGGCACUCUCCCGUGGAGCAUUUCGAGCAGCAUAUCUUAUUUUAUAUUUUAAAGUAGCAAAAACAGUUAGGAAAACCAUGAUGAUAAAGCUCCCUGCAAACACAUAGACAAUAACUUGCUUGUUCUGAAUGUUCCUGGCAGAGCAUUUAGCUAGCAACUUGCAGCAGAAAACACUC